AAUGGAGACACCCGGGCGCCCCUUAAAAGUUACUUUAAAAUAAUUUUCAAUCAUUUCACUUGAUUCAAAUUCCCAUUUAGAAGUGAAAUAGGUUAAUCAGCCCUAAUGUGGUGUGUAAUUAUGUCGCUUUAUUUCUAGUUUUGUUUAAUGUUCCAGUUGUCUACUAUCUUUGUUAUUUCUUAUUUCUGAACUUCUGUCUUUUAUUUUCACCGUGAAGAUUUGGAAUUUCUAAUCCUUGUCUCUGAAAGCUACAGUUUCGCCUCCUUCUUCCCUUUUCCUUUUCGGUUCUCCUCCUUUCUAGCCCCCGUCCCUUUCUCAGGAGCUCAUGGCCUCAUGGUUUUCUGGCCUCCUGUUCUCUCUUGCCCUCUCUUCUCUCCGUUUUUCUUAGCACACUCACUGCUCCUGAGGCUGACGGUUAGCUCCAUGGUUUCCUCCUUUAUGGCCAGGACCCCAGCCCCAUCCUGGCACCAUCUGGGGUUCUGGAGGCCCACGUGACCCCUUCGCCUGCAUUCCUGUGUUCUUGGCACCAGAAUCCUAACACCAGAGGAGCUCUUGGGAUUGCCCGUUCGGCCUUGUAUUUCGGAACCUGUAAGAACAAGAGGAGCUCAGAAGCGGUUUUGCUUCUCGUGUAAUUUCCCUCCCCUCCCUCCUCUUGCCGGAGCUGGUCACGGUCACCGUGCUGCCUUCCUCCCUGUGGGGUCAGGGAUGAACAGGGCUCUGUCUUCUCCAGAUACUUUUACCUCUUCUGAAGCCAAAAUGAUAAAUGGUAUAUGCCUGAUUGUUUUAAAGAGUUUAUAUGAGGCAGGGUUUCUGUUAUCACUUCUUAUACUGCGGUUUUCAUUCCAAAUGUGCUUAUCUUUUGUUUUUAAAGUUCGUUUAUUUUUCGUUAUCUCUACAUCCAGUGUGGGGCUUGAACUCGUGACCCCGAGAUCAAGAGUCUUGUGCCCUAACGACUAAGCCAGCCAGGUGCCCACUUCUUGUUUGUUUUGUUUUUAAUGAAAACUUUUAAUCUAAACAAUUUCACACUUACAGCAAGAGUAGGAGUGGCCCACGGAACUGUUGUGCGCGGUCACAGAGAUGCACCAGUUAUGAACGUUUGGCCGCGUUUGCUUUUGCCUGUGUUCUCUGUUUUAUAAUCUGUACACAUACAUAGUUACACUAUAUACACAUUUACACAUUUUAUUAUUAUUUUAACUUUGCAGGGCUAUUUGAGAGUAAGCUGUGGACAUUAUGACCUUUUCCCCCAAAAUACUCCAGUGUAUAUCUUUAAGAACUAGAACAUUCACGUCCAUAAGCCACAGGUGUGUGUGUGUGUAAAUACAGUCUUAGAAUCAGAGCAGCUGGGGAGAACUUUAAGAGCGCAUUCGGCUCCUUCCCCUGCUUCUUGCAGGUAAAUUCUUACAGUACAAAAUGGCUGUUUUCCAGGAGUGAUAAUCCCAGGUUCCAACCCCCUGGGGUUCCCCCACGUGACGUAAGUGUGGGAGGUACCCAGGCAGGGACACUUCUGAGGACAUGCAUGUGUGGCCCACCUAAACAAAGAGACCAACACUGUGCUGAGCGUGACCUGAUCUGCCGGCCAAAUCUGCCCCUCGGGUCAUCAGUUUUGAGCCCUGGAUCUGUCUUCAAGGCUCCUGUAGGGUGGAGCCUUGGCUUGCCUGGGUACAGUCAAGCUCUCCUAGAGAUCGGAACAAUUAUCAGGUCGCUAGGGUGCUGCCCGAGUGAAGGAGAGCUGCACGACCUGAUCGCAGAGGUAGAGGAAGAAGAACCCACUGGAUACAUUCGAUUUGAAAAAUUUCUUCCAGUGAUGACCGAAGUACUACUAGAAAGAAGAUACAGACCAAUUCCAGAAGACACCCUUCUUCGAGCAUUUGAGGUGUUAGAUCCGUCGAAACGUGGAUUUCUGACCAAGGAAGAACUAAUCAAGUACAUGACUGAAGAAGGUGAGCCUUUUUCUCAGGAAGAAAUGGAAGAAAUGCUGUCCGCUGCCAUUGACCCCGAAUCGAAUUCCAUUCAUUACAAGGACUACAUAGCCAUGAUGGUGGUGGACGACAGCUAGGCGCCCGGAAGACGUAAUUUCUCAUUGAAGGGAUGACCGUAGAGAUGGCCCGUCCUCGUUAAUUCUACAUCUUAUAGUUCCUACAUGUGCUAUUUAGUGCCUGCUGACAACUAUUUUGUGAUACUUUGUUUUUAAAAGAUGAGCACAAAUUCAUUGGGUACGUCUAGCCUUAUGGAACGACCAACGGCUAAUUCUUUUAAAGCUUAUUCUUAAAAAUAUUUUAACAUUG